AUCCCCAUUCUAAAUCCAUCCAGAUCCCCAAUUCCCCAAUCCGCCAUUUCCACCACCCAAACCCUAGCGGCGCACACAACCUCUGUGUGUCGCCAUGGCGGCCGCCGCCGCGAGGCUCCCGCUCCAGUCGAGCUCCGGCCACAACGCCGCCGCGGGUGGGGGCGGCGGCAAGACCAUCGAGGAGAUGUACCAGAAGAAGACGCAGCUGGAGCACAUCCUCCUGCGGCCGGACACCUACAUCGGCUCGGUGGAGAAGCACACCGCGCAGCUCUGGGUGUACGAGGACGGCGCCAUGGUGAGCCGCAGCGUCACCUACGUCCCCGGCCUCUACAAGAUCUUCGACGAGAUACUCGUCAACGCCGCCGACAACAAGCAGCGCGACCCCUCCAUGGACUCCCUCCGCGUCGAGAUCGACGCCGACGAGGGCCGCAUCUCCGUCUACAACAACGGCGACGGCAUCCCCGUCGAGAUCCACCAGGAGGAGGGCGUUUACGUGCCGGAGAUGAUAUUCGGCCACCUCCUCACCAGUAGCAAUUACGACGACAACGUGAAGAAGACCACCGGCGGAAGGAAUGGUUAUGGCGCCAAGCUCACCAACAUCUUCUCGACGGAGUUCGUGAUUGAGACCGCCGAUGGACGUCGGCAGAAGAAGUACAAGCAGGUUUUCUCUGAAAACAUGGGAAAGAAGUCUGAACCCCAGAUUACCAAGUGCAAACAAGGAGAGAACUGGACCAGAGUCACGUUCAAGCCUGACCUUGCCAAAUUCAACAUGACCCAUCUUGAAAAUGAUGUUGUAGCCCUCAUGAGGAAGAGAGUGGUUGAUAUGGCAGGCACUCUUGGCAAAACUGUGAAGGUUGAGUUGGAUCAUCAAAAGGUGCCUGUACAUAGCUUCUCUGAUUAUGUGAAACUGUAUAUCAAGUCUGCUUCCAAGGACAGAGACGAUGUCAAUGAACUCCCAAGUAUUUCACAGAAAGUAAAUGAUCGGUGGGAGGUGUGUGUGAGUCUUAGCGAAGGGCAGUUUCAGCAGGUUAGCUUUGUAAAUAGAAUUGCAACCAUAAAAGGCGGCACUCAUGUGGACUAUGUCACUAACCAAAUUGCCACCCAUGUGAUGAACAUUGUUAAUAAGAGGAACAAGAAUGCUCACAUGAAAGCACAUAAUGUCAAGAGCCAUUUAUGGGUCUUUGUUAAUGCACUCAUUGACAACCCAGCUUUUGAUUCACAAACCAAAGAGACCUUGACUACUCGUCAGGCAAGCUUUGGAUCAAAGUGUGAACUUUCUGAUGAUUUCCUUAAGAAGGUUGGUAGCUCAGCUAUUGUCCUCAAUCUCCUUUCUUGGGCUGAGUUCAAACUAAGCAAGGAGCUACAGAAGACUGAUGGAAGCAAGCGAUCAAGACUUACCGGCAUCCCCAAGCUUGAGGAUGCAAACGGUGCUGGUGGGAAGGAUUCUAAUAACUGCACAUUAAUCCUGACUGAAGGAGAUUCGGCUAAGGCUCUAGCUAUGGCUGGUAUUUCUGUGGUAGGAAGAGAUUACUAUGGUGUGUUUCCUCUCAGGGGAAAAUUAUUAAAUGUGAGAGAAGCAAGUCAUAAGCAGAUCAUGGAGAAUGCAGAGAUCCAGAAUAUAAAGCAAAUCCUUGGGUUGCAACACGGGAAGCAGUAUGAUAGCACAAAAGGCUUGAGAUAUGGCCAUCUCAUGAUAAUGACAGAUCAGGACCAUGAUGGUUCCCACAUCAAAGGCCUGUUGAUCAACUUCAUUCACUCCUUCUGGCCUUCUCUUAUUAAAAUUCCUUCUUUCUUGGUUGAGUUUAUUACUCCUAUUAUCAAGGCCACCAACAAAAGGGACAAAAAGAUUGUCCUGCCAUUUUACUCAAUGCCUGAGUACGAACAAUGGAAAGAGAGCCUUGGAGGAAAUGCAAGUGGUUGGUCUAUAAAGUACUACAAGGGACUUGGAACAAGCACUUCCUCUGAGGGUCGGCAGUACUUCCAGGAUAUUGCCAAGCACAAGAAGGAUUUUGUCUGGAAGAAUGACCAAGAUGACAACGAUAUUGAAUUGGCAUUCAGCAAGAAAAGAAUUACUGAUAGGAAAGAGUGGCUUACUAACUUUCAGUCUGGAACCCAUCUUGAUACCGAAGGUAAGUACAUCAAGUACAGUGACUUCAUCAACAAGGAACUGAUACAAUUCUCGAUGGCGGAUCUGCUGCGCUCAAUACCUUCAAUGGUCGAUGGCCUUAAACCAGGCCAGAGGAAGAUUUUGUUUUGCUCGUUCAAGAGGAACUUAGUUAAGGAAAUUAAGGUGGCACAGUUUUCCGGUUAUGUAUCAGAACACUCUGCGUACCACCAUGGUGAGCAGAGUUUAGCUAGUACCAUUACUGGAAUGGCUCAAGAUUUUGUUGGCAGCAAUAACAUAAACCUCUUGCAGCCCAAUGGUCAAUUUGGCACCAGAGAUCAGGGAGGCAAAGAUGCUGCUAGUGCUAGGUACAUCUUCACCCUGUUGUCGCCUAUCACUCGUUCAAUUUUCCCUAAGGAUGACGAUAUUCUUCUUAACUACUUGGAUGAAGAUGGACAGUCAAUUGAACCCACCUGGUAUGUGCCAAUCCUGCCCAUGGUUUUGGUAAAUGGAAGUGAAGGCAUUGGCACUGGAUGGAGCACCUUUAUCCCAAACUAUAAUCCAAGAGAUAUUGUUGCUAAUCUAAGACGGUUGCUAAAUGAUGAGCCUGUUGAACCAAUGGACCCAUGGUAUAGGGGGUUCAAGGGCUCUAUUCAGAAGACAGGCACAAAAGCGGGUGGUGUCAGCUAUACUGUCACUGGUAUUAUUGAGGUUGUUGAUGACACUACGCUGAGAAUUACUGAGCUACCAAUCCGUCGCUGGUCUCAGGAUUACAAAGAGUUUUUAAUAUCUAUUGGUGGAACCGACAAGAGCAAGGACAAAGACAAGGAUAAGGGCAAGGGCAAGGGUAAGGUCAAGGAGAAGGAAAAGAAGGAGAAGGACAUAGAACCUUUUAUCGAGGCAUUCGAUACUUAUAGUGAUGACAAGAAUGUGGAAUUUCUGAUUACCCUGAGUAAAGAAAACAUGGCUAUAGCUCUGCAAGAAGGGCUGGAGAAGAAGUUCAAGUUGACAACUACGAUUGGUACAACAAAUAUGCACUUAUUUGACUCUAAUGGAAAAAUUCGGAAGUACGAUACUCCAGAGGACAUACUUAAAGAGUUCUUUGGACUGAGGCUCGAGUUCUACGAGAAAAGAAAGCGAGUAUUAUUGGAAAAUAUUGAACUGGAGUUAAAGAAGCUUUCUAACAAAGUUAGAUUUAUUCUUGCUGUUGUCGAAGGAGAUAUCAUAGUGAAUAACAGGAAGAGGGCAGAGCUGUUUGUGGAGCUUAAGCAGAAGGGAUUUGAUCCUUUCCCAAGGAAAAAACAGAGGGCUGGGCCAUCCGCUGUUGGAGCUAUUGAAGAGGAUGAAGAGAAUGAGGAGAGCCCUGAAGCUGCAAAUGUUGGUUCAAGUGAUUAUGAAUAUCUCCUCUCAAUGGCAAUUGGUACAUUGACUCUGGAGAGGGUACAACAGCUCAUUGCAGAGAAGGGCAGAAUGGAGAAUGAAGUAGCUGAACUGAAGAGAACAAGGCCAAAAUCACUUUGGAUGAGAGACCUUGAUGCAUUCGAGAAGGAACUGGAUGCGCUUGAUGAGAAGGACAGCAUGGAUGCUGAGGAGAGAAGAGCUACGAGGAAUGCUGGAGGUGGCGCUGCACCUAAUAAAGCAGCGCCCAAGAGACGACCUAGAAAGACAGCGACUAAUACUCAGGCGGCAGAAAGCUCUGACGGGAAUGCCGCUGCUCCGGCGGUUCCAAAACCUGCGGCACCACGUAAGAAACCAGCUGGAAAGGCAAGUUUGGCUGAUAGCGAGGAUGAAGAUUAUAUAGCAGCAAUCCCGAAACCUGCCGCACAGAAGAAGCAGCCAGCUAAGAAGGCAAGCACCCAGUUGAGUGAUGACGAGGACGACGAAGUUCUUGCUCUAAAAGACCGAUUGGCUGCUUACAAUCUUGAUGACCAUUCCGAAGAUACUGCUAUGGAAACUGAGACUACAGAAGAACAGGCAAAAGGGAAGAAAGGGAGGAAGGAACCAAGCAAAAGAGGAGCAGCAAAGAAGGCCAUAUCAUCCCUAGCUGUGAUAUCUGAUGACGAGGAAGACGAAACAGUGCCCAUCGAUGAGGACGACGAGGAUGAUUUCGCCAUGGAAGAAGUGCCGGUCAAGAAAGGUAGAGGAAAGAAGCCCGCCGCUGAGAAGCCGAAGGCUGCAACCAGGAAGAGGGCGCCAGCUCAGGGGAAGUCCAUGAGGCAGAAAGUGAUGGAAGAAAUGUUCAAGCCUACAGAGGACAGCAGCACCAGCGCUCCAUCUCCUGAGAAGAAGGUGCGCAAGAUGAGGGCCUCUCCCUUCCACAAGAAGAGCGGCUCUGUCUUGCAGAGGGCCUCAACAGCUUCCACGAGCACUGAAGAAACCGAGUCAUCCUCCCCAUCAGGUAGCUCUGCCGAGCCAGUCGCAGCGAGGCCGAAACGGCAAACACGGGGGAACAAGAAGAGUUACCAGGAGGUGCAGGAGCUGAGCGAUGAUGACACUGAGGACGAAGUGCAGGAUAUCAGCGAUGAUUCCGACUUCGCCGGCUCUGACUUUGGCGAGGACGACGACUGAAUGUCCCCUGAAUUUAACUACUGGAACAAUGUAGGAUCAACUCCGUAGCGAGCGGUGUGACUGUCUGCCUGUUUGCUGAGUCGUUAGAUUGAUUGACCUGUCUGUUACAUUGGUGAUGCUUGCUGAGAUGCAUCUCUUGUGCGUCGUGUGCUCUAUUCAGUUCAUCAGUUGCUGAGACAUUGAUCCGUGUAACUUACUUGACACUUGUGCUUUGUGUGAUCAGCAUGGGUUUUUCAGCUGUGUGUAUA